AUGCCCGAAGAAACCAGUGAGCUCCUAGAAACAAAGUCGAUCACUACCUUCGACGACUUACCACCAGAAUUGAUACUUUACAUCUUUGAAUAUCUUUCCAUGACUGAUCGAUAUAAAUCUUUCUUCGAUUAUGAUACUCGUCUCCGUCAGCUUGUUAAACGAUGGACAACAUACAGUCGAGAAGCACUCAACGCUGACAUCAAAAAACUUUCUACCGAUCAUAGUUGUUACAAGCAUUUAUCAUUCGAAAACGGUGGUACAGAAUUCAUUGUUGCUCCUGAGGGAUCAGAAAGACGUAGAUAUCCCAUUAAUCCACAAACCAUCGAUACUUCCAGUUUUCAUUGGUCUUUUCAUAUGACUAAACACCAAAUACAAAUUCCUGAUGAACGUAUUCGUAAAAUCCUUUUUCGUCACACGUUUCGACUCAAUCCAUUUUUUUAUCACCAACCUGGAAUUGCAUCUACGAAACAACAUGAUAAAAAACACCAGCGUUCUUUUUAUGAUGGUGAUAUCAUUUUUUCGAAACGACAUAGUAACUAUUUUGAACCAUGGAUCCAACGUAAUUAUCUCGAAGUUGCUGAUGAGAUUUUUAAAAAUCCUCAGACUAUAGUCGAGAAAGCACUUAUGCCCGUCGGCGAAGCUGAAUGGUUGAAAGCAAAUCGAAUCAUUCAAAAAGAGGUUGAUCAAGUGUGGGAAGAACUAAGGAGUCUAGAAGAUUUCAAUCCAUUAAAAAUACAAUAUACUUACGAAUUUCUAAAUAAAUGGAAUUUUUGA